CAGCGAUACUUGAAUUUGUCGUGCGUGUCUUUUAAUUGAUUCCGCGGAUUGCUUUCUCUCAUACAUAUGUGUGUGUGUUUGUGUAAACUGCAAUAAAAAUUGAAAAAUAAAAAAAAUAAAAAUAAAAAAUUGCACUUAACGCAUUUCUUCGGCACAUCAUCAUCCAUCUAUGUGGAUUAAAGGCGGGCGGAUAAUAUCUGAACCGCUCAUGGAUUAACACACAUUGUGCAAAUUCUGCACCGCCAACAACAACAACACCAGCCGGUACGGAGUAGUGGGUUCAAAAAUUUUGAUUGAAAACAAUUCUUGUGCGCAUAAAUAAUUGCGUAUGUGAGUCAACAAAGAAGUUUUUGCUAUAAAGAAGUAGUUUGAAAAUAAGAAAGAAAGAAACCAAGUGCCCUCACAAAUGUUUUGUGUAAAAAACCACAUUUAAGUGAAAAUAAAACCAAGUCCGAUAUCGCUCAUAUACGAGUAUAUAACUAAACAGUUGUCGCUGCUGCUGCUGCUGUUGCUGCCGUUUUUAUCGCUGCCCAGGCCAGCUCAGCCGAGAAACUGCUGCUGGCAAGCCCAGAUAUAGAACAUUUCUAAAAGAAAUACAGCCGCCAGCAAAAUAAGCGAUAACGACAAAAUGGUGGUUCUUGAAACUGCCAGCGCCCUAUUGGGCGGACCAUAUGCACAAGGCGCCCCCGCCCUAAAAAUGGUACAAAAACGUUACAUUGGAUUACAUCAAUGGCUGGGACCAAUCCGGACCAAAGAGCUGAAGGAGCAUAUUGUAAGUGAUGACGUGCUUUCGGUUGCUUUGAGUCAGAAUCAACAACUUUUCCGCUCACAGAAUCCCGGUCUUGCGGCCGCUGCCACAAAUGCUGCUGCUGCCGCUGCGGCUGCAGCUGCGGCGGCCACCUCGGCAGCCAGUGCUGUCCCGCCCGGUGCACCAAAUGGGACGAUGCAGCCACAACAACAAAUGCAAAUGGCCGCCGCCUCACAUCAAUUUCUGACCGCCCAACAGAAUGCCGCGUAUGCGGCGCAACAGGCCACGUCGUAUGUCAUUAAUCCGGGACAGGAGGCCGCUCCGUAUCUGGGCAUGAUAGCCGCGGCACAAAUGCCACCCUACUACGGGGUGGCGCCAUGGGGCAUGUAUCCGGGUAAUCUGAUACCACAGCAGGGCACACAGCCACGACGACCCUUAACACCGUCACAACAGGGCGCCGAAAAUCAAUCGUACCAGGUCAUACCGGCCUUCUUCGAUCAGAGCGGCUCGCUUGUAAUGGGACCACGGACCGGCACACCAAUGCGCCUUGUUAGCCCAGCACCGGUGUUGGCUGUGCCUCCGGGCGCGGCACGCGCCGGUCCACCACCACCACAGGGGCCACAACUCUAUCCGCCACAGCCACAGACGGCACAACAGAAUCUCUACUCACAGCAGAAUGGUUCCAGUGUCGGAGGCCUUGCGCUGAAUACCAACUCGUUGACGGGUCGUCGUGACUCCUUCGAUCGCACCACCUCCGCCUUCAGUCCCUCAGCAAUGGACUACACCAGCAGCAGUGUGGCGGCCGCCAAUGUGGUGAACAGCUCGGUGGCUCAGGCGGCUGCAGCCGCCGCCGCAGCCGCUGCACGCGCCAAAUGGCCGGGCGCCAUGACCAAUAAUGCCGCGUACGGGGCUUUGGGCGCUGCCGCCGCUGCUGCAGCUGCUGCGGCUUCGGCUGCUUCGGCCAGUCCCAUUGGAGCGCCGCUCACGCCACCGCCACCACAGUCAUGCCUGAUGACCACGAAUCGGGCGCCGGGCGCCGAAUCUCGCCAGCGCCAACAGAUGACCGCUGUCGGUCUGCCCGCCAGCGCUGCCGCCGCUCAAGCCGCGGUGGCUGCAGCGGCCAACAACAUGUUUGGAUCGAAUAGCUCGCUCUUCUCCAAUCAUUUGGCCAUACCGGGAACCACACCGGCGGCUGCGGCCGUCGCUGCAGCAGCUGCUGCCGCCGCAGCUGCGACUUCGCGUCAGGUGGCGGCAGCUGCAGUGGCUGCGGCCGCCACUGGAGGCGCCCCACAGCCGGGCCGGUCGCGUCUCCUCGAGGAUUUCAGGAAUCAGCGCUACCCGAAUCUGCAGUUGCGCGACUUGACGAACCACAUUGUCGAGUUCUCGCAGGACCAGCACGGAUCGCGUUUCAUUCAACAGAAGCUGGAACGGGCCACCGCCGCCGAGAAGCAAAUGGUGUUUAGUGAGAUUUUGGGCGCUGCCUACAGCCUUAUGACCGAUGUGUUUGGCAACUAUGUCAUCCAGAAGUUCUUCGAGUUUGGCACACCCGAGCAAAAGAAUACGCUGGGCAUGCAGGUCAAGGGGCAUGUUUUGCAGCUCGCUCUGCAGAUGUAUGGCUGUCGUGUCAUUCAGAAGGCACUGGAGAGCAUCUCCCCGGAACAGCAGCAGGAGAUUGUCCACGAAUUGGACGGACAUGUGUUGAAGUGUGUCAAGGAUCAGAAUGGCAACCAUGUGGUGCAGAAGUGCAUCGAAUGCGUAGAUCCAGUCGCACUCCAAUUCAUCAUCAAUGCCUUCAAGGGUCAGGUCUACUCAUUGAGCACACAUCCCUAUGGCUGUCGAGUCAUUCAGCGCAUUCUCGAGCAUUGCACUGCGGAGCAAACGUCUCCCAUUCUCGAUGAGCUGCAUGAGCACACCGAGCAACUGAUACAGGAUCAAUACGGCAACUAUGUGAUUCAGCAUGUCCUGGAGCAUGGCAAACAGGAGGAUAAGUCCAUAUUGAUCAACAGUGUGCGUGGCAAGGUGUUGGUUCUCUCGCAGCACAAGUUCGCCUCGAAUGUGGUGGAGAAGUGCGUGACUCACGCCACCCGUGGUGAGCGCACGGGCCUCAUCGAUGAGGUCUGCACGUUCAACGACAACGCCUUGCAUGUGAUGAUGAAGGACCAAUACGCCAACUAUGUGGUGCAGAAGAUGAUCGAUGUGUCGGAGCCGACGCAGCUGAAGAAGCUUAUGACCAAGAUACGCCCCCAUAUGGCCGCCUUGCGGAAGUACACGUAUGGCAAGCACAUCAAUGCCAAGCUGGAGAAGUACUACAUGAAGAUAACCACGCCCCUUGCGGCCACAAGUGGUGCAGCAAGCGCCGCCACCUCGGCAACUGGUGGUGCAGUCGUCACCACCAGUUCGAUUGCCGCGGCCGUCGCUCCCUCAUCGUCGAGUGGCAGUUUGGUGAAUGCCUGCUUGGCCGGCACUACGGUUUUGGGCACGGCCACAACCACAACCACCAACAGCAUUGGCAACUCCUCCCCCAUUGCCUCAUCGUGCGAGAACGGCAACUCUGUCUUGAUGGCCGAGCCCACAUCGCCAGCCGUCUCCGAAUCCUCCUCAUCGGUGGUCGCAGCGGUGAACAGCAAUUUGGGUCCCAUCGGACCCCCAACCACUGCUAAUGGCGUCUUGUAAAUGCCUAUCGAUAAAAAUAAAAGCAAAAACAAAAAUAGAGCAAAGCAGUGCAGAUCAGACUUUUAUCGAAUUUUAGUUUUUUAGUAAGAAGCAACUCUGGCAACAAGGCAAAUGCAAAAGAAACGAAGAAAGCAAAACCUAUAAAAAGGAGGAUGAAGAAGAACAACCUAAAAAGAAAAGCAAGAAAUAGCGCCUAGCAUCCAAAAAGGAGGAAAGCAGCAUACUAUAAAUACUAUAAAUAUUAUAUAUAUAUAUAUACCUAUACCUAUGCAUAAUUGUAAUGUAAUUUAUUUAUACAGACAGAUACACACACAUACAUAGCGAUAGCGACAAAAAUCACAGCAACAUUCAUGCGAAAGUGAGAGAGCCUGCUUUUUAGUUAGUCGUCUUUAUAUAAGAAAGAACGUUUCGAAUUAACCUGUUUAAGGAGGUAGUCGAAAAAUUGUAUAUUUAAAUGUAACACCCAAUGCCCCCCAAACACUUGAUGCAAAAUGCUUUUGUAAAGUGCGCUAAAUCACACACACACCCAUACAUAAAGCAACAUUUUUAAAAUGAAUCGCAUAAAGAAACAAACAAAAACAAAAGAAAAAUCGAAAAUCGAAAACAAAAAAUGAAGAGUCGCUUCAUUUAUUUAGUCGAUGACUCUCAAACUGUGCUGUCUAAAGUAAACGUAUUGCUGCUGCACUGCUUGAUGUGUGGGCAAGCGCAACUCGGCAAGCAGUUCGCUUGUAUAAAUUGUAUUUUUACACGAACAAACAAAAACAACCAACAAAAUGGAUUGAAACUAGAAACAACAACAACAACAACUUCGGCAUAAAAUUGUAAAAAAUUUGCGCAUUUAUGGGCGCGCUCGCAUAUACAUACAUAGUUAUAUUCUAUUAUUAUAUUAUUAUUUGUAUAAAAACCUAAAAUAAUUAUUUGCAAGUCUGUAUAGAUUUUAAUGAUUGUCGACGUCAAAACUAUAUAAAAUGUAUAAUAUUGUCAAAAGAACAACCCAGAAACAUGGUCUGCGUACUGUUUUCAUUCUGUUCGUGUGACUUUCUGUAAAUUACUGAUACAUACAUACAUAUAUAGCUAAAGAAAAACAAACAAAUGAAGAAACCCUAUGUAUUUGUAAAUGAUAAUAUUUUGCGCCAGAGAGCCAACGUUUUGACUGUAAUAUUGAAGAGAGCGAGUGGAGUUGUGUCAACAAAGGGGUUUAAGAGGAUGUUGAAUGCUGGCCGAAAACGUUGCUAAUGAUGAUCUAAAGUUGCAGUCUGCAGAACUGUGACUCAACUAAAUGCAAGCGAGACGCAAACACAAUUCACACCAUAAUAAAAGCAAACAUUAAAGUGUAGUAUGUAGCUUAACGUUUAAACAAAAAAUAAAAAAUACAAAUAAAUGCAAAUAAAAUUACAAGAAAUGGCUAAUUAGCCAACAUUAGGGCAAGCAUAGCAAGUAGAGCAAGCCCCCAAAACAAACAAAAACCAAACAGACAGACAGACAGCCAAACAGACAGACAAACAGACAACAACACACCACACACAGCUAAUUAAAGAAAAAAGAAAAAGAAACACACACACAAACAAACACGUUCAUUCAACGACUCUUCAAAAGUUGCUUCACAAUAUUUCACGUUGCUUUUAAGCGCUAUGUAAAAAAUUUGUACAAAACAAAAACAAAAGAAGGAUUCAAUAAAACCAACUAGAAGAUAACCCCAAACACAAAAAUCUGAAUAACUGAAUCCAUGUAAUAUUUCUUUUCCGAAUUUUUGUGCACCUGUAAAAUUUAACUGUUAUGUAUAAUUCUCAUUAAUUUUAAUUGAACUUUUUAUGUAAAUUGCGUGUAAAAAGAUUUAUGAAAAACGAAAACAAGACUCACACUUCCACAACCACACACACACACACACACACACACACCCACACAUACAAAGCUUGCAUUGAUCGAUGAAGCAAAUUAAUUAGAUAUACAUAUAUAGUAUAUAUAUACACGGAAUGUAUUUUGUAAAUUGUUUGUUUUAAGCCAAUUAACUCAUGUACACAAACCACACACACAUACACAUACAACAACAUAUAAGCAUAAACGCCUGUAUUUAUAUACUAUUUUUUUUAUUAUUUUUUUAUUUUUGUUGUGUGGCGUUCGUUGGAUAACUAAUUUUUGUUUAGCCCCUAAGUUGUAAUUUCUGUUUAUUUAAAUGAUUUUUAAUGCAUUUUGCGAAGUUGAUUGAUUAAUUAACAAUACAUAUAAAUAUUAAAAAACAACAACAAAUUGUAACCACAAGUAACUAAGUAUAUAUCGAUAUUUCAAGAAUAAAACCAAACCGAUACUGUUCCAAAUUUCAAAUUCCACUUUAAUUUUUAACAAUGCUUGUAAAUUGUAAUUAUUAUUUGGUCUGCAAUAGUCUUGUUAUUUACAUGCAACAGUCAAUCUUAGCCCACCUUUAAAUGUUAUGUUAAUUUUAAUUUUGAAAUUCAAGUCGACUUUGUUAAAAAUUCUGUUUUGUUUUGCGUGCUGUGGCUCUCAAACUGUGAAGCAGUGCGAGUCUACACUGCGCCGCACUGCUUGCUACAGCAGUUGCCCAACUAGCCUCUCUCUUUGAAACAUAUUUUUUAAAUACGAAUAUAUAAAUAAAUGAUUAUUAUUUGUAUGUACAUUUUACAUUGACUGCCCGUUGCGCAGUUUGAAAUGCACUCAACAUAGUGGCUAUUAACCCUUAACCCAGUAAGUGUAUAAACAUUGUUUUAACCCCCGCCCAACCCUGCACUCCAUUUCUCAGCACCUGUAAAUUGAAGCCUCCGCCAUGAGAAGAAAAACAAAAGCAAAUAACGCAUUGUAUGUAAAACUGUAAAAAGUAAUGAAUACGAACAAUUUUGUACAUUUUUUAUACACAUUUUUAGCCUAUUUCGCGACGCCUUAUUCCAAGAAAACUAAAAAAAAAAACUAAUAAUGAAAAGCAAAAUCUAAAAAAAGAAACUCGAAAACGAAUUUAGACUUUUUUGUCGGUUUCGCCGAAGAAAAUAAAAACGAUUUGUGAGAAAGCAAAAUAAAAAACAAAACGAACACGAAACGAAAAAUUGUAAAUUUGAUUAAGCGCAUAUUUUUGUAAACUCGUAAAAUUUCGUUGUCGUGCUAUUAGCGUCGUCGUCGUCGUCGUCAUUGUUGUUGUCGUGUUUUGUAAAUAAUCAGAACAUAUGUAAUAUUUUUAUUUUAUAUUAUUUUGUUGUACAAAUUGCCCUCCUCCCUCCACCCUCCACCCCACACUCUAUACAAAACUGAGCGCAUUUCAAGCAUCGCGCCAGCAGCUUAUUUUUGGUAUUAAACAGAUAUAAAUAUAUGUAUAUGUAUUGUUUUGGUAUUUCCUUUGGUAUUUGUUUAGUUGUUAAAUUACAUAACUAACUGCCUGUCUGUAGAGCGCAAUGCACUGAUAAUUUUAAUUUUUAUUAAAUUAUAAAUCAUAAAGAAAAAACUUUGUAUUUAACGAUUCUCAAGAGCUCUACAAUUGCGACUAGAAAUGCUUUGUAGUUGAGUGGAAGAUUAGAAAAGAAUAGCAGGCCUAUGCGCCUAAAUUAUUACACCAACACACACACACACACACACAUACACAAACCAAUACACACACACACGUACGUAAACAUAAAUUUGUUAGGUGUAGUUAUUAGUUGUAAGCGGAACUUAAAUCUAAUAUUAAAAGCAGAUAUGUACUAAACUUAAAUUGUAUGUGAAGCAACGUUUUUAAAUACAUAUAUACAUAUAUAUAUAUAUAUAUAUAGAGACACACAAACACACCCGCAUGCAUGUAUAUGUAUAUGCAUAUGUAUAUGUAAAUUGUACACGUCAAGCAUGCAUAUAUUGUAUCUAAAGCGAGGUCUCUUCGAGCUGCACAGCCGGCCUAGAAAUAGAAGGUAUAUAUGCAUAUAUACUUAUAAAUAAAGCUGUAGCUGGCGCCUAUAAUGGCGUUUUGGUAGUUUUUACAAUAAACAUUUUUGCACGCCCAUGUAAAACACUUAAAACGUAAAACUAUAAUUAAAGCAAACCCCAAUUGUAAACAAUGUAACGCCUAAACUUAAACCUUAAACAGAAGAAAUAAACUGCAUGUAAACGUGUGAAACAUUUUUGUAGCAUAAUAAAUCGAAUAAAAUAAAACAAUAGCCAACAAAUUGUAAGAGAAGUUUUUUGUAAAUCGCAAGGCUUAAGCGAAACGUGCAACAUUUUAAACGUUGCCAAAAAAACAAAAAAAAAAAACGGCUAAAUAAAAACAAAAAGCAAGUAAAUUGUACAUUUUCUUUGCCAAUUGAUUUGUAAAAAAAAACACAAAAUAUACACACAGCUACACAUAAAAAUUUAAAUGCUAUUCAAAACUAUUUAUAGUUAUUUAUAACUACACAAGUUUUUUACAGCAGAAGUUUGUAAAAUUUUUUGAAAAAAUUUUAAGCUAAGCAUACUAAUGAAAUAUUUGAAAAUGAAAUUUGUAAUUUGUUGUAAAGAGAUGCAGAAUUCUAAGCGAGCGAGACAAGCAAAAGGCUAGAGCAGACUUCAAGUAAACACUAUAUUAUAAAUUAUAAAUAUAUAAAUAUAUAUACAUACGCAGUUAUAAACGGAUAAUGAAAUUAUAUUUUUUAAUCCCACACACACACACACACACGCACAUACAAACAAACAUUACACACUCACCUACACAUACACAGGCGACCCUUAGUUUUGUAAAGAGCGCGCAAUUGGCACAACGUAAGAAUUAAAUUGACGCAUUUUAUUUAAAAGGCAAAACAACUUUAUGCAUUAACUUCUAAUUUUAAAAAUACAACUCUUAUGUUUAUUAUACAAAACUAUAUUUAAUGCUAAUUUCUUUGUGAAACAAAUAAUAAAAAAAAGUUUAUUAUGUAGAAGAAAAAACAA